AGCACCAUAUUGAUACUCUUCCAGGCAUGAGAGAACAUGAGCAAUUCCUUGAAGAACAAAGUGAAAAUUGAUUUUACAGAACCAGCAGAAAGAAACUGCCAAGGAAAAUGAAGGGGACAGUAUCACUGAAGAAGCACCUGGGAGGACAGUCACUGCCAGGAGCAGAUCAAACACAAAGGAUUCAGAACCAGUCCAACUAAGCAGUUGCUCCCUACAUCUUCUUGAAGAUAAUGGUGGUGAAAAUUCCCAAACAGGAGACCAGCCAAAAAGAGAAACAGUUCCCCCUGCUCCUCUUCCUCCUCCUACUGCAGGAAGCUUUUCUCUUUGGAGUGGUCAGUUCUAUGCCAACCUCAAAGAAGCUUUAUGGGGAGGUCAAGUCUCCCAAUUACCCGAAACCAUAUCCAGACAACAACAUCACUACCUGGGAUAUUUCAGUGCCAAAGGGCUUCAGGGUGAAGCUGAAUUUCUGGCAAUUUGAUUUGGAGCCAUCAGAGGCCUGUCAAUAUGACUAUGUUAAGAUCACAGCAGACAAGCAAGACCUUGGCCGGUACUGUGGCCAGGCAGAUUCGAUCACUGGCAACCAUCCCAGAGGGAAAGAGUUUUUGUCCACUGGGAACCACAUGCAGCUCUUGUUCCACUCUGACUUCUCCAAUGAGGAGAAUGGUGUUGUUGUCUUCUACAAGGGAUUCCUAGCUUAUUAUCAAGCUAUUGAUUUGGAUGAGUGUGUCAAAGGAAAUGACAUUGAAGACGGUCCUCGAUGCCAGCACUUCUGCCACAACUAUGUAGGGGGCUACUUCUGCUCCUGCCAACCUGGCUACCGUCUCCAAAGUGACCUGCACACCUGUCGAGUGGACUGCAGCAAUGAACUGUUCACAGAGCCUUCAGGGUAUCUGUCAAGCCCUGGAUAUCCUCAGUCCUAUCCAGCUGAGUUGCAGUGUAACUACAGUAUACGAGUGGAGAAAGGGAUGACCAUCACUCUCAAGUUCCUGGAGCCCUUUGAAAUUGAUGAUCACCCACAGGUCCGCUGCCCUUAUGACCAGCUCAAGAUCCAAGCUGGGCAGAAAACAAUUGGUGAGUUCUGUGGCACAGUGCCUCCAAGGAACAUCGAAACCAACAGCUCUUCAGUCGACAUUCUUUUCCUCACCGACGAGUCAGGAUUGAGCCGUGGGUGGAAGAUCUGGUACAGCACAGAAAGGAUUCGGUGCCCACAACCUGUGCCAAAUGACGAUUCCACCAUCAUCAAAGCCCCACAGCCUAUAUAUCGAUACCAAGACUACUUCAUUGUGACUUGUAAGACUGGCUAUAACCUGAUGGAGGCAGAUGAGAAACUGGCAUCCUUCACCUCUGUUUGCCAAGAUGAUGGGACCUGGCAUCGCCCUAUGCCACGGUGUGAAAUUGUGAACUGUGACACACCUCGAAUUCUGAAGAAUGGGGACUUUGAUUAUGUGUCUCAGAAAAAAAAUAACAACUAUCAGUCAGUUGUCAGGUACCGCUGCAAUGAACCCUAUUACCACCUGGUCACCAAUACUGGGAGUGAUACAUAUACCUGUUCUCCUCAGGGAUCUUGGAAGGAUCAAAAUGGUGAGGAGGAGAUUCCAGCUUGCCUGCCAGUGUGUGGAUUGCCGGACAGCCCCAUCUUAGAAAUUCAACGGAUUAUUGGUGGCAAAGAUGCCCCACCUGGCAGUUUCCCAUGGCAAGCCAUGACGAUCAUCUCUGGGCGUGCAGGUGGCGCAUUGCUGGGAGACCGGUGGAUCCUAACAGCUGCCCACACUGUCUUCCCAAAAGGCCAGAGUGAAUCCGAGGAGACCCAGACUCUUGAACAGGUGGCUGAGAAGGCCGAAAUCUUCCUGGGCCACACAGUGGUGACUGAACUCUUCAAACUUGGCAAUCGGCCAGUCCGCAGGUUGUUUGUGCAUCCAGACUAUAAUCCCAAUGAUGAGCAUAAUUUUGAUGGGGAUAUUGCACUCAUUGAGCUGCGGGACCCAGUGACUCUUGGCCCAGAUGUACUUCCUGUUUGUCUCCCAGACCCAGGGAACAGCUCUUUUUACGUUCCAGGGUGGAUGGGUUAUGCUAGUGGCUUUGGAGUGGAGAAGAAUAUCCUUGCUAAUAAACUGAAAUACGCACCAAUCCCAGUAGCCAGCCAGGUGAUGUGUCAGGACUGGCUGCAAGGGAAGAAGAUUAACAGAAGGGACCCUGUCUUCACGGCCAACAUGUUUUGUGCAGGUUCUCCUAAUGAAGGGAAAGAUACCUGUCAAGGUGACAGUGGGGGGGCCUUGACUGUCCGUGACCCUGUAACUCAACGUUGGGUAGCCACAGGCAUUGUGUCUUGGGGCAUUGGGUGUGGAAAAGGGUAUGGGUUUUACACUAAAGUCAUCAACUAUCUGGACUGGGUUAAGGGCAUCGUGGGGAAGGACUGGGAUUCCAUGCAAGCUGUCUACUGAUGUGCAGAGGGAGCCAUUGACGAAAUUGUGAUUUGAUUUAGAUUUCCUGCAUGGCAGGGGGUUGGACUGGAUGGCCCUUGCGGUCUCUUCCAACUCUAUGAGUCUAUGAUUCUAAUGAAUGAUACCAUCCACUCUUUUUUAUUUUGGAAAGAAAUGACAUCUUUAAUGUGCUCUUUUUCAUUAUGUUACCAAAACCAAGGUACACCCCCACCCCACUCUGAAUAAACAAAUAAGGCAUUAACCCACAACCUUCUCUAUCAAAGCUCCCUUUCUUAUUCAUUCAAAGCUUCAGUUGACUGAUAUAUCAAAUAAACCAAACAUGUAACAUACUCCAAAAAUAAACCAAAAGUUAAACCAAAAA